UUGGAGAUUCUUUUUUGUUUUUGCUUCUCUGUUUGUUGUCGAUUAGUCGCGCUUUAAAAAUAAUAGAAUAAAUAACAUUUUCUAAAUACUUCGAUAAAACGAAAAUGUUGAGGUUGCCUGAAACGAACGAGAAUUAUUUCAGUUUUCAUUCUGCGUUAUUAUUUUGACUUUUUUUUUGUUGAGACUGAAGGUAUGGUUUGAAAGAUGUUGAAUAACUCUCAAAACCUUUCUUUUCAAUCAAAUUCACCGUUUAGUAACUUUGAAAAUAAUGCAACCGUAAUGGUAUACGUUGUUUUGAUUGCUUUGGGCCUGGCAAUUAACAUAACUGUUAUCAUUAUCUUCUAUUUUAAAAAUGACAAAAAAACAAAGUUUUGCAGAUUCCUUCUACAUCUGUCAUUUAUCAACAUCGGUCAGUACAUUGGAAUUAUACCAUACUUGGUUAUUAAUACGCGUAGUAUUGUUUCAUCUCAUAAAUAUAUAGAAAGUUUUAUAUGCAGUAUAAGCGAUGGACACAGUACUAUGAUGAUUUUUUCAAUGGCAUCAUGUGUUUUACUAUUUUUCAUGUCUAUUUUAAGAUGCGAGCAAACGAUCAAACCGUUUCGUAAGCAUGUAAAUAACAAAAACCUUUAUAAGUUUUUUACAGUGUCGUGGUUUUUUGCUUGUGUAUCUUUUAUUCCUUAUAUGCUAUCAUAUAAACUUGAUCGUGUAUCUGGUAUUUGUUUCCGCAGCUGGAUUAUAAACAAUUCCUUUGGAAUUAUUUAUAUGAGCAUUAUGUAUGUCUGUGGACUUGUAUUACCAAUUUUAGCAAUGGUUUUAGCGUGUGUUACAAGUUACAUCAAACUAAGUUCGAAACAUUUGAAGAAAAGUUUGGUACAAAAAAAACGCAAAAGUGUUCUUAUGAAGCUAAUAAGUUUAAUUAUCAUAUUUAUAUUGACAUGGUUUCCUUACUCUGUUUACUGGUUGAUGACGUACACCACCUUUGUAGGAAGUAGUAUUGAUAAGCAACUACAAAGAUUAAAGUUACUUAGAUACAUAUUAAUACCUAGUUUAGUCGGAGGAAUUAUUGGACCAUUUUUUAAUAUAUAUCAUUGGGAACCUUUUAGAAAAUCAGUUCAAAACUUAUACAAUAACUGCAGUCAUGUAAAUGAAGAGUUACAGCCAGCCAUCGUUAAUCUUUCUACUAGAACUUCAUCUCAGGCUGAAAGUGAAACCAAGUAAUACUUUAAGUGUUACUAAAUAUAAUUUUUGCAAGAAAUUGGAGUUUUUAAAAAAUUUGGAUAAUAAGUCUUAACAAUAUUUCAUUGACAAAACCUACUAAAACCUACUAAAUUCUUUAAAUUAAGUAAUUAUUUUUUUUUGGCUAAAUCUUAUUUAAAUAAUGAUAUAUAACAUUAGCUCAGCAUAUAACUCUGUUGUAAUAAGUUCACUAGCAUACGUUUGUUUGGCAUGUCAUUUAAAACAAGUUAUCAAUGUAUUACAAAUUUAUAAAUUAUUUUUCAGUGUAAUUAAUAGUAAUAAGAGUUAUAAUCAAUAGUGUGACGUGAUUGCAACAAGUGUUAAGACUUAGAACACACUGUAUCAAGUGUUAAAUAAAAAUGUUUGAAAACCUAAUACACAAAAAAACUCCUUUAAUUUAAAGUAUUAAAGAAUUUAAAUGAGAAGUGAGUUUAAGUGACAAACAACACCAGAAUACUAAACUAUAUACAAUUUACAAAUAUAUUAUUUCCAUUAAACAUAAAAAUGUUUUAAUUUUAUUGUUAUUAUGUUAAUUAUUUUAAAAACUUCUUAAAUGAAGGAGAAGUUCAUGUACCUAGCACAGU